AUGGCUCUUUUAGUUGAAUUGCAGAAGCUAGGUAUUCAUUAUACAGGCACAGUCAGACCUAACCGUAUACUAGGAAUCAAUCUUCAGAAUGAGGCUGAAAUAAAGAAAAAAGGCCGUGGUACUAAGGACCAGUCCAUAGAAAACACUAAAAUAGUCGCUGUUCGUUGGUACGACACAAGAGCUGUCAAUGUACUAUCUACAUUCUCUGGUACAGAUCCCAGAAAUCCAGUUAGUCGAUUUGAAAAAUCCAAAUCAAUGUAUGUCCCAGUACAGAGGCCAGCAGGUAUAAAACUGUACAAUGAAAACAUGGGAGGGGUAGACCUUCAUGAUUGUUGUGUGGCCGAAAAUUCCUACCGCAUUAAGUCCAAGCGGUGGUACAUGCACAUUUUUUGGCAGACCAUUAGAAUGAUGCUUGUGAAUGCCUGGCUUUCUUAUCGUGUCACUGGUCUGCUUGGAUAUUCAAAACUGGUCACAAUGAACCAGCGAAAAUUUCAAGCCAGGCUAGCUCCAGUGAAAGGAAACGGGGGCGGCCAUCUGCAGAGUGCAGUAAAGAAAACCUUGUAA